AUGAGCACGAGCACAACAGGCCCCAUCCUGCCUGUGGUAAACAUUAACGUAAAUUACGAUGAAGAACGUGAGAAGAUUGCCGACUUUAUCGAGCACUUCAAGGCGCCUGCGUCUACGAUCCCGUCGCUGUCCCACGUCGGCCCCCAGCGGACGAGCGGCGACGAGGCGCCGGCGCAGCUGAUUGAGCGUGAGCUGGAGGACGAGGGCGAGGAUGCGCUCGAUGCGACGAAUGAUACGCUGAUGAUGGACUCGUUUGACGAGGACCCUUCGCGCCCUGCCGCACGUCGCAGCGGCAUUGUGGAAAAGUACAUGGUGCAGCUGCAGCGCAUCGCGAACCGCGACCAGGAGAUGCUUACCAUUGAGCUGGAUGAUGUCGCGCAGUUCAAGAGCUCGUCCGGGCGCUUUACGGGUGCGGCGCUUGUUGCUGCGAUCCGUGGCAAUGCAUGGCACUACCUCGACCUCUUUUACGAGGUGAUUGACCGCCUGCUCCCGGACCCCGACCGCGACAUUUCCGACAAGGACGAUGUGCUGGAUGUCAUCCGGCACCAGCGCCUGCAGCGCAAUGCGCUAAACGAGGAGCAGGAAGAGUCGGCGGGCGACGUCCCCGACGUGUUCCCUCCGAGCCUCUUGCGCCGCUACCGCCUCUACUUCCAGCCGCUGAAGCAGGACGCGCCGAUGGCCGUGCGUGAUAUCCGCGGGACAAACAUCGGCAAGCUGCUUACCGUGCGCGGUAUUGUGACGCGUAUUUCGGACGUCAAGCCGAGCAUCCAAGUCGAUGCGUACGCGUGCGACAUUUGCGGUGCCGAGGUCUUUCAGGAGAUCACCGGGCGGCAGUACAUGCCGCUCACCUUUUGCACGAGCAAGGUCUGCAUGACGAACAAGACGCGUGCGCCGCUCUACCCCCAAGUGCGUGCGAGCAAGUUUGUCGCCUUCCAGGAGGUCAAGAUCCAAGAGAUGACCGACCAGGUCCCGGUCGGCCACAUCCCCCGCUCGAUGACGAUCCACCUCUAUGGCCGUCUUACGCGCAAGCUGAGCCCCGGUGACAUUGUCGACAUUGGCGGCAUCUUUUUACCGCUGCCCUACACAGGUUUCCGCGGGAUCCGCGCCGGUCUUUUGACGGAUACCUACCUCGACGCGCAGCACAUCCGGCAGCUGAAGCGGUCCUACCAGGACCUGGAUACCUCGCCGGACAUGGAGGCGGAGAUCGAGGCGCUGCGUGCGGACCCCUCGCUGUAUGCGCGCCUUGCGUCGAGCAUUGCGCCCGAGAUUUACGGGCACGAGGACGUGAAAAAGGCGCUGCUGCUUCUCCUCGUCGGCGGCUGCAACAAGGCGAUGGGCGACGGACUAAAGAUCCGUGGCGACAUCAACGUGUGUCUGAUGGGCGACCCCGGUGUGGCCAAGUCGCAGCUGCUCAAGUACAUUGCCAAAGUUGCCCCCCGCGGCCUCUAUACGACCGGCCGCGGCUCGUCCGGUGCCGGUCUCACUGCGGCGGUGAUGCGCGACCCUGUCACGGACGAGAUGGUGCUCGAAGGCGGCGCGCUCGUCCUUGCCGACAACGGCAUUGCGUGCAUCGACGAGUUUGACAAGAUGGAAGAGUCGGACCGCACGGCGAUCCACGAGGUGAUGGAGCAGCAGACGAUCUCCAUCUCCAAGGCUGGCAUUAAUACGACGCUCAACGCGCGGACGUCGAUCCUGGCCGCGGCGAAUCCGCUGUACGGCCGCUACAACCCCCGUGUGUCGCCCGUGGACAACAUCAACUUGCCCGCAGCGCUCUUGUCGCGUUUCGAUAUCCUGUACCUGAUCCUCGACACGCCCUCGCGCGAGGCCGACGAGCGCCUGGCCGAGCACGUCACCUACGUGCACAUGCACAGCGCGCCGCCGGUGCAGGACCAGGACGCGGUGCCGCCGCCGGUGCUGCGCCACUUUAUCGGCGCCGCGCGCCAGAUCAGGCCGACGAUCCCCUCGGACGUGGCCGAGUUUAUCGUCAGUGCCUAUGUCCAGCUGCGUGCGCAGCACAAGCAGGACGAGGAGCGCGAGACGGCGUUUACGUACACCUCUGCGCGUACGCUCCUCGGCGUCGUGCGUCUCGCGCAGGCGCUUGCGCGCCUGCGUUUCGCGACCGAGGUCGAGAACGGCGACGUGGAAGAGGCGCUGCGCCUGAUGGACGUGAGCAAGGCCUCGCUCUACACCUCGGGCCGCCGGCGCGGCGAGCUCGGCGACGACCAGAGCCCCGUGUCCAAGAUUUUCCGCAUCCUGCGCGAGAUGGCGCACCAGGCCGGCGCCGAGAGCAGCGACAUGCUCGGCCGCCCGCAUGCCGGCAUGCAGGGCGCGAUGGGUGAGCUGCACCUCGGUGCGGUCCGCGACCGCGUGCUGCACAGCGGCUUUGUCGAGGACCAGCUGCAAGAGACGCUGCAAGAGUACGCGUCGCUCGGCGUCAUCCAGCAGGUCGGCAACCGCAUCGUAUUCCUGUAG